UUCUAUUGUCUAGGCUGGCUAUGACCUGCUGUUUACAUCUACAAGUAUCCUAAUAUUCUAUUGUCGAGGCUGUCUAUGAUCUCCUGUUUACAUCUACAAGUAUCCUAAUAUUCUAUUGUCUAGGCUGUCUAUGAUCUCCUGUUUACAUCUACAAGUAUCCUAAUGUUCUGUUUGCCCCAUAUGUCCCUGCUGUACAAGGGCUAUGUCUACCCCCUGAUCUGUCCCUAUGUCUACGGAUUGAUGAUGAUCUCCCAUACUGGUGGAAUAUUUACUACCGUUGCAGUCUCUAUGGAACGGUGUAUCACCGUGUGCGCACCAUUUACUAUGAUAAAGAUGUGGGAAGGUAAACUCUACAUAAUACCGAUUGUUAUAAUCUCUAUCCUGUACAAUAUAACCAAGUUUCUGGAGAUAAGAACAGACCCACUGUACUUUGCUGCACUUAGGCUUAAUGUGACCUAUGACAGUACAGGAUAUGAGAUAACAGAAUUGAAGGAUGCUACGUAUAUAAUCACAAACAGGAUUCUCAACAUUAUUGUUCUGGGACUAAUUCCAUUCCUUCUCUUGGUCCUACUUAAUGUUAUCAUUUACAGGAAAAUAUCCCAGGCCCACGCUAACCACAAUCAGCUGAUGCAGGGGAACUCUCACAGACGCGACUCAACAAUGGCGGCACUUCUCUUUGGUAUCGUUAUCGUGUACUUCCUCUGCCACUCACUCAAGAACGUUAUAAAUCUCUAUGAGGCAAAGAUGAUUGUGGAGAGACGUGGUUGUGAGCCAAGUGAGAAUGAAUGGCUUCCAGUUCUUGAGGUUUUGAGUCAUCUGAGCAAUAUUCUGAUAGCAUUCAACUCAUCUAUUAAUAUUCUUAUCUACGUUUUCAAGGAUUUUAAGUUCCGUAAGGUUCUUCUGGUUCUUCUCUGCAGCAGGUGUUCUCCGGGUUCCAGAUUAACUGCAGCUCCACGUCUAACACAGAACAGGGACUGUAUGCGAGCAGGAAGAGUUAUCCCUCUAUCCAACUACAGCGUACAAGGAGUUACAGUACAAACUGCAGACGCCUCUAGAAUGUCAUGUACAGUACAUAAACAAGCACAGGAGAUACCAAUGAAAAAUCUCAAUGUACAACCAGUACACGUUUCUUCUGUACACCGAGAUAAACUAGUUGUACAGGAGAACAACACUUGUGUACAGGAUAUAACUGUACAGCGAUAUGAAGCUCCUGUACACCAGGAGUCUGUAGAUGUACAUAAUAAUAAAACUACUGCACAUCAAGAUGAAUUUACUGUACACGGUGUUGUACAGGAGGAUUUAAAAGAAGAUCAACAGCUGAUUGAGACCAGUAAAAACGAAUCCAGUUAAGUUUAGUUGUACAUAUGUUCAAGAAUAGACUAACACCAAACUAGAUUUCGAUUGUAAUAAACUACAUUAGAUUA